UUUUGGCCAGGAUGUGCUCGGCCGCUCGACUGCUUCGGCCUGACCGGCCUCCGGGAGGGAGACGGAGAGAAGCCGCCUUGCCUUUUCGGAUCCGUGCCAUCGGCGGGUGGAUUCGUCGGGUCUGGAAACAUGGCCUCCUCCUCGGAACAGGGAGAGCAACCUGGGCAGACUGACUCUCCCGGAAAUGAGAAUGGAGCCUCUCGGGAAGCUUUGAUCGCGACAGCAGUGAAAUUUCUACAAAACGCCAGAGUACGCCAAAGCCCACUCGCAAACAGAAGGUCGUUUCUCAAGAAGAAAGGACUGACGGAUGAAGAAAUUGACCUGGCUUUCCAGCAGUCGGGAACCAUCAAAGAAGAGCCUCAACCCUUAGGUCUCUCUACUCAGUUGGGACCGGCUCAGCCCCCUCACCUUGCUCCCUACAGUCCUCCAAGCUCCAGAUGGCGGGAUUACGGUGCUCUAGCCAUCAUCCUGGCCGGCAUUGCUUUUGGCUUCCACCAGUUGUACAAGAAAUACCUGCUCCCUCUGAUCAUGGGAGGCAAAGAAGACCGGAAGCAGCUACAGAGGAUCGAGGAAAACAUCUCAGAAAUGAGUGGCAGCGUGACGCAGACAGUGACUCAACUUCAGACCACUCUGGCCUCUGUGCAGGAACUUCUCCUACAGCAACAGCAGAAGAUUCAGGAGCUCACCCAAGAUCUGGCUGCCUCUAAGGCCACGACAUCAACCAACUGGAUCCUGGAAUCUCAAAAUAUCAACGAAUUGAAGUCAGAGAUUGGUUCGCUCAAAGGCCUGCUUCUGAACAGGAGGCAGUUUCCUCCUUCGCCCUCGGCUCCCAAAAUUCCUUCGUGGCAGAUCCCGGUCAAGCCUUCUUCCCCCUCCAACCCCGUCGCCAACAACCACAACACCAGCAGCGACAUCUCGCCGGUCAGCAACGAGUCCAGCUCCUCCUCGCCGGUCAAGGAGAGCCACAGCCCCGAAGGGCCCAAGGUGAGCUGCCAUCUGCUGGGCCCGGAGGAAGAGGCCGAGGAGCCGGUGGUGGACGUCAAGGGCCAGGUGCGGAUGGAGGUGCAAGGGGAAGAGGAGAAGAGGGAAGACCACGGGAACGAGGAGGAAGAGGAGGACGAGGAGGAGGAGGACGACGACGUCAGCCACGUGGACGAAGAGGAGUGCUUGGACGUCCAGACGGAGGACCGGCGAGGAGGGGACGGCCAGAUCAACGAGCAGGUGGAGAAGCUAAGGAGGCCCGAAGGGGCUAGCAACGAAAACGAAAUUGACUAGCCUGGCUAGGAGGGUGGCUUCCCCCCCCGCCUCUUGAUCCUUCUCCCUUCCUCGGGCCUCCCCCACCUGCCCACCACCCAGCGGUGACCCCCUGUCUCUCUCACCCUCGUGAUGUUCUCCCCCCCCCUCCAUGGGUCCCGUUGUGACCUAGUGAGCCAAGUGGCCCUGGGGGCCCAUCUAGGCCUGAGUGGCUCUUCCCCACACUGGGUUCCCUUCUCCCCACAACAGCCGGGGCUCGCUCACAUCCCACCUCUCCGUGGGGAUUCAGUCCUCCCUUGGCCUGCAGCCAGGUCAACGGGCCUCUUUUGUUCAUGACGCACACAAAAUCCGUGGCUCAGAUGUGAGUGGUUCCCCCCCCAAAAAAAACCCAAGAGCAUGGCGCCCCCACUUCCUUCCCCCCCCCAUUCCCUCGUGGUGACCAUCUUCUGCCACACAAUCAGCUCAUGUUCUUAGAUCUGACUUUUCACGCGCCAGACCGCCCAAAUAUUUUCGUGUGGUUUCAGGAAUUCUGGGAUCGAGGAGUCCUCCGACUCCUUGCAAAUGGAUUUUGGAAGCUUGGGCUGUUUCCCCUCCUGUGCUUUUUGUUUCGGGAGGAAGCGUUGUCCUGCUGGAAGCCUGCCUCUCUGUCUCUCUCUGUCUCUCUCCCCGCAUCCCCUAAAGUCUUGGGAGCGAAAGGAUUUCUUUUGUGCAUCCAGUUCGCUUUGGGACAUGAGGACUCCUUGAUUAGCGACAGGGUGGAGAAAACCCAUUUCGAGAUAACGGGGCAAAGGUGGGCCAAGCGGUUCCUCUCAGAACGUUCCCUUGUGGUUGAAAUGAUCUUCCCCACAAAGGGGAAAGGAAGCCAUUACCCCCUUUCCCCCCCUCCUUCCCCUUUUCCAGUGUAGGGCUGCAGCAUGUCUACGAUCUUUGGGUAAUUCAGUUCUAAAUUGCCAGGCUUCUCAAAUGGAAAAAAUAAAUAAAUAAAUAAAUAAAUAAAAAUUCACAUGCCGGUCGGUCGUUUUCGUGAUGCCAGGUGAAGAGGCUCUUCUCCAAAGUAAACUUCACUCUGGAGGCCUGUUCCUCACACCACGCCUGUGUCUCCCCCUCUCUCCACCAUCAUCUCAGCAUCAUCCUGUCCCCUCACUUUUGCCUUAUUGGGUGGAGAAAGCAGCCACAAACCACCAGUUUUUUUUUUAAAGAAGUCUCUCGUUUUGUGGCAUUGUAUUCUCAGCUGUUCCAGCGCCGUCUGAUGCUCGUUCACUUCAUUUAACAAACAAAUGAGAAAAAGUUACAAAAAGAGCGAGCCUCAAACCUCAUAACAUCUUGAGACUCUCACUAUUCCUUAAUCCUCACCGAGAGGAAAACCGAAACGUGCUUGUUGUGUGAUCAUGUAUAGAAUUCAACUAUAAAAUAUGAUUGUAUAUAAUUGUAAUAAAUAUGAGUUACCACUA